GUGCAAGAUCAUUUUUAUAAAAAUUGGAAAAACUUAAGAAAUAACAUUGAACAAGAGUUUUUUGGACAAAUUACGUCAUAUAUGAUAUAUGGCGUCAUCUGUCAUUAGUAUACGGUUCUUUGUGUCGACCUACACGUUGCUCUAAAUAAUAAUCUAACCUGUUACCCAAGCCACAAUGGAGAAAAAUUCUAGCGUACAUCGCGUAAUUUUAGAAGAAUAUGGAGUGCCGAACGCUGCUGAAUACUCUAACCUUCAAGCUAAUGAGCUAUGGAAUUUCGAAAAGUUUAAGGAGAACCUAAAAAUACGUGUUGUUAAAGAGUCACAGGAUGGAAGGGAACUCGAGUUUGAUCUAAUUGGGUGUUCUGCAGCUUUGGCAAAUGCAUUUCGCAGAAUUCUUUUAAGUGAAGUACCAACCAUGGCUAUAGAGAAAGUAUUCAUAUUAAAUAACACCAGUUUAAUACAAGACGAAGUGCUUGCUCAUAGAAUAGGAUUGCUGCCAUUGCGUGCAGAUCCAAGACUCUUUGAAUAUCCUUCUAAUCCUGGAAAUGAAGAAGAAGAACCCAGUGAUCAAGAUACAUUAAGAUACGAAAUGAAAGUGACAUGUACAUGGAAUCCUCAAGCUCCUAAGGAUUCUCGACGACCUGAUGAUAUUUAUCGUAACAAUAAUGUUUACAGCAGAGAUAUUAAGUGGACUCCAAUUGGCCGGCAAGCGGAACUUUAUCCAAAAGGAGAGGAACAAUUGGGUAUGUUAGAGGGUGAUAUUUUGGUGUGCAAAAUGCGUCCUGGUCAGGAAAUCCAUGCAUUUAUGCAUGCAGUCAAAGGAAUAGGCAAAGACCACGCAAAAUUCUCUCCAGUCUCAACUGCUACAUACAGAUUACUACCAGAUAUCAAAUUAACUAGACCAGUAAAGGGUGAAAUGGCGGAACUACUGAAAAAUUGUUUCAGUCCUGGUGUAAUAGAAAUAGUAAAGAAUAAGAAAAAUGGAAUUGAAAACCGUGAAGCAAAAGUUAAAGAUCCCCGUUACGACAGCUGUUCUCGCAAUGUAUUUCGUUAUGAAGACCUUAAAGAUUGUGUACAAUUGAGCCGAGUACCGGAUCAUUUUAUUUUUACCGUAGAAUCGGUAGGUGCAUUGCCUCCAAGUGCGCUUUUCUUGGAGGCCGUCAAGAUUUUAAAAACGAAAUGUAAAACUUUCAUAGAAGAGAUAGAUAGCAUCGAGUAGAAUAACUUUUUGUAAUGAUGACUAGAUAAUAAAUUUGUAUCAAUAUUUUAA